AUGCCUAUUCCCAAGGGAGGCCCUGCUCUGCUGUGGAUGACAUUGCUGCUCUUCUCUCUAGAUGGCAUGUCAGCAGAUACCUCGAAACCUACGGUGUCCUUGAACCCGCCAUGGAAUAGAAUAUUGAAAGAGGAUAAUGUGACUCUUAUAUGUUAUGAGAACAACUCCCUUGAAGUCGACUCCGCUGUGUGGACCCACAACAACAUCAGCUUGGAAGAGACAUCUUCACGUUUGAACAUUGUGAAAGCCCAAAUCCAGGACAGUGGGGAAUACAGGUGUCAGAACAACGGAGCCACCCCGAGUGAACCGAGUGAACCUGUGUACCUAAGAGUCUUUGCAGAGUGGCUGCUCCUUCAAGCCUCUGCCGAGGUGCUGAUGGAGGGUGCGUCCUUCCACAUCAGGUGCCAUAGUUGGAGGAAUGCGAAGGUCACAAAGGUGACCUACUACAGGAAUGGCACAGCCCUCCAGUACAACUAUGAUAACUUCAACAUGCCCAUUGCCAAUGCCACAAUAAGGGACAGUGGCAGCUAUUUCUGCACAGGGUGGAUUCAGAGGCAAAAUCGCACCUCUGACCCCCUCAACAUUAUUGUGAAAAAAGAUUCGUCCAACUGGAAUGGUCACCGAAGCAAAUACUCCUGGCUACAAUUUCUGAUCCCAUUGUUGGUGGUGAUUCUGCUUGCUGUGGACACAGGACUGUUUAUCUUGACCCAGCAGCAGUUGACACUGCUCUUGAAGACUAAGAGGACCAGGAAGAGCAAAAAGCCAAACCCCAAAAAGAAUUGA